CUUACGUAUAAUGUUUUUUGUUAGGUUAAAAUUUAGAUUUGGAUUUCCUUUUGACGAAAGUGAUGAUAAUAAGUAAACAGAGUUCGGUAAUGGGAACCUUAGACUUGGCACAUGUACCCCUCCAUUGGCCGCAUGUAACCGGAGCUUUACUCCAGUCUUCCGAACCGAGGGUUCUUUACUAAGUACCCAAACAUACCUACCUACCUACAGUAGGUAAACACCCGUUACCUAAGAGGAGCUGCGACUAAGACAAGAUGUCUUCUGCCAAUAUUGGCCUUCGAAUAGCUUCCCGAUCGCUACGCUUGCAACCAAAUACCCUGCGGAGGUCCGUUCCUCUAAGCCUUUCUUCACGAGCUGUGACGGCGAAGUUCGGAGCCUCUACGGCUCGACUAACAACACACCCCACUUACGCCGUUCGCACUUCAUCCUCUUCCUUCUCCACCACCGCCGCCCAACAAUCCGCCCCUCCAAUGCCUCAAGAAUCAAGAGAAUACGACCCCGAGAUCAGGGACAUCGCCAGCUAUGUUACCAAACCAAUUCAUUCCGAAUUAGCUUUCGAUACCGCUCGAUGGGUAUUUCUUGAUACUCUAGGUUGCGGUCUUGAAGGUCUGCGAUUCAAGGAGUGCACCAAGCUUCUUGGCCCCAUCGUCCCGGGUACGGUUGUCCCCAAUGGCACAAGGGUUCCGGGUACCGAUUUCGUCCUUGACCCCGUCAAUGGCGCUUUCAACAUUGGCGCUACGAUACGAUGGCUCGACUAUAACGACUGCUGGUUGGCCGCUGAAUGGGGCCAUCCCUCCGAUAACCUGGGUGCUAUUUUGGCCGUUGCCGACUGGGUUAAUCGUACCAACAAGGCAGGUGGCAAGCUUGCGGGAGGCAAGAUUUUUACUAUUAAGGAUGUUCUCGAGGGUAUGAUCAAGGCGCACGAAAUCCAGGGCUGUCUAGCGUUACUUAACUCGUACAACAAGGUCGGACUGGACCACGUCGUUCUUGUCAAAGUCGCCAGCGCAGCAGUUGUAUCUCAGAUGCUUGGAUUAAGCGAGAAGCAGAUUGCUGAUGCCGUCACCCAGGCUUGGGUCGACGGACAGAGCCUGCGAACCUAUCGACACUCCCCAAACACCAUGUCUCGAAAGUCGUGGGCCGCAGGCGACGCUUGUCAGCGAGCUGUUAACCUCGCAUUGAAGGUUAUGAAGGGCGAGCCCGGAAUUCCUACCGUCUUGUCUGCGCCCGUCUGGGGCUUCUACGAUGUCUUAUUUAAGGGCAACAAAUUCGAGUUCCAACGUCCCUACGGUAGCUACGUAAUGGAAAACGUCCUUUUUAAAGUCUCCUAUCCAGCCGAAUUCCACUCUCAAACGGCUGUAGAGGCUUCACAGAAGAUACACAACAAGCUAAAGGAAUUAGGCAAGUCGGCAGCCGAUAUCGAUAAUAUCAAAUGUAGGACACACGAGGCUUGUAUUCGUAUUAUCGACAAGCAGUUCAAACCGAUGGACAACUUUGCCGACCGCGACCAUUGUAUUCAGUACAUGUGCUCGGUCAUGCUCGUGUUCGGACGACUAGAGGCGAGCGAUUACACCGACGGCAGCGAGGCGGCGACGUCACCACUAGUGGAAUCGCUCAGGCAGAAGAUAUCGUGUGUCGAGGAUCCGCAGUUCACCAAGGAUUACCACGAUCCAGAACUACGCACGAUCUCUAACGCGCUGACGGUCCAGCUGAACGACGGCACGGUCCUGGAUGAAGUAGUAGUCGAGGCGCCAUUGGGACAUCGUCUACGGAGGGAAGAGGCUAAGCCGCAUAUCCUAGCCAAGUAUAAGCGGCACCUAGGACCUCACCUCCCCGAAUCGCAAGUGAGGGAGCUAGUCGACCUAGGAAUGGACGGGAAGAAAUUGGAGGCUACGGAUGUCGACGAAUACGUCGGCAAGUAUGUUGUGAAGAACAGCCCUUUCAUUUAGGACGACAUAUCAAUUUAAAGGAGCUGAGGGAUAUCAUAUACGAGCCUGCGUACUUAUAUAGAUACAUGUACCUACCUAUAUAGUGCCUAUUUUGGAAUAUGUUCAACGACGAAUACAUGCACAUAUGUUGAAUGAGA